UAUCUCAGUAAAGCUGCCUUGGGGAGGUGGGAGGAAUAUUCCUUAAAGGACAGUAACAUCCAUAAGGCAACAGGAACUAUGAUGAUGCUGAGAGUAGAAGAGCUGGUAACAGGCAAAAAGGCGGAUGCUAGGGAGGCAGGGGAUUUCCUCCCAGAGGACUUCAAAAAUGGAGAGUAUGAAGCAGCUGUGAGGUUAGAAAAACAAGAGGAUCUGAAGACAAUCACUGAUCCCUCACUGUCAAGACGCAAUCUGACCUACAAAGAGGAGAAACAGCUUGAAGCUGAGCUCAAGAAAAAGAAAUUAGAGCAGAGAUCAAAACUUGAAAGCUUGGAAGACCUUGAGAAAAUCAUUCAGCUGAAGAAAAGGAAAAAAAUCAAGAAAGUUAAAGUACCUGUUUUGAAGGAACCCGAGCCAGAAGUUAUAACAGAACCUGUGGAUGUUCCUACAUUUUUUAAGGCUGCUUUGGAAAACAAGAUGCCAGUCAUUGAAAAAUAUCUAGCAGACAAAGGGGACCCAAACGUUUGUGAUGAGUAUAAACGCACGGCCUUGCACAGAGCAUGCUCAGAAGGACACCUGGCAGUCGUGGAAAAGUUAGUAGAAGCUGGAGCCCAACUUGAAUUCCAAGAUAUGCUUGAGUCAACGGCUAUUCACUGGACAUGCCGUGGGGGCAACGUGGAAGUCCUGAAAUAUCUGCUAAACAAAGGAAUCAACAGGAAUACAAGAGACAAGUUGCUCAGCACUCCGUUGCACGUGGCAGUCAGGACAGGUCAGUACGACUGUGGAGAACACCUCAUUGCCUGCGAAGCCGACCUCAACGCCAAGGACCGUGAGGGUGAUACCCCUAUGCAUGAUGCAGUGAGGCUCAAUCGCUACAAAAUGAUUCGACUCCUGAUUCUGUAUGGUGCCAAUCUAAACAUAAAGAAUGCUGAGGGAAAAACUCCGAUGGAUCUUGUUCUGCAGUGGCAAAAUGGCACUAAGGAAAUAUUCAACAGCCUGAAGGACAACUCUUACAAAAGUUCCCCGAUAGAUACGUUCUGAAAA